AUGCCCGGCCUCCACUACUCCAAGUUCAUCCCGCCGAGCCUCGCGAUGAGCGAGCUCGAAUGCCAGAAGCUCGACAACGACGCUACCGACAUGCUCAUCGACAAAUGGCUCGAGCGCCCCCACCGCCCCGACUCCUAUUACGACUGGUUCCAGCGCGUCCGCGAGCGCAAGCACGCCGCCAACGAGCUCGCCCGCCGCGACCAGAUCCUCCUCUGGAACAAAGGCGUCUUCGUCCCUGAGAACAUCUUUACCCGCACUGUCGACACCGGCCGUCUCAUCCCCCUCGACCGCACCUGGGUCACCCAUGUCUACCACCACCGCUCGAUGAAGCGCCUCACUAUGAUGCCAGUGAUAUUCAGCAUGCUCCCAGAGCUCAUGCUCCUCCGCGGCAUGCACGAUCGCGGCUGCGACGAAAUUUACGUCAUUGUCACCGACCUCAAACGACACGAGAUGGACCAAGUGUCCGAAUACUUCCAAUAUGUCUGUCAAAACACAUCUUCGGGAUACUGCAAGUCGAGCGCAGAGCAGAAGAUCAAUCAUGACUACAUACAACUCAGUAGCACCCUCGACCGCAACCGCCGCACGCCCUGUUUCCCCCAAAUCGACCUCACCUUGCGCGCGAUCCUCCACGAGAAGCGCCCGCCGUUCAUCGUCCUCUUCUCGCACCAAACGAUGUCCUACUCGCAGAUCCUCUUCGCCAACCCGCACUUUGUCCCCUCCCACGACGUCUACCACGACUUCCCCAGCGGCUGCCCAAACCCCGGGUGCACGGACAACUGCUGCGAGCUCAUCCGCUUCCCCAAGCACGGGCCGUCCACCGCCGCGGUGCUGUGCACAUCCACGAAGAAGACGAAGACGAAGAAGAUGCGCUAUCGCUACGGGCGCCGCGCGCGCCGCAAGGAGAUGUGCAACUGGAUCGACUGCGACGUGUGCUUCUCGGACGACCCGCCGCCCGCGGGCGAGGGCAGCAGCGAGGGCAGCAGCGAGGGCAGCGAGGCGGGCGCGGAGUACGGCGGAGGGGCGGGCGCGCGCACGAGCUACGCGGGGCUCGUGUGCAGCCGAUGCAAGCUCGUGAAGUAUUGCUCGGCAGACCACCAGCGAUUGGACUGGGACGAGCACCGGCGGGUGUGCGCGAAGCCCUCGGAGGAGUGA